CGAGUAAUUAGUGAUUUAAUAAUGUACAGUAAACUAAUUUGUGUUGCAAUUUAUUUGUUUUUAUUGGGCACCAGUGAUGUUAAUGGUGAUUUUCUUUUUAAAUUUGGUUGGUACAAAACUUAUCCAAAUGGUUCCAGAACUGAAGUCAGUGAAAUUUCUAGUCUCGAUAAGGCUAUUAUUGGAGAUACAAAAUAUUUGAAAUUAAAGGCUAAAAUACCCGUUCUAUUUCCUGGAUCAGUGAAAAAUAUAGAGCACCUGGAAAUACUGAAAUUGGUAUCAUGUAACGUUCAUACUAUACUUCCACAAGCUUUUAGAGACAUACCCAAUAUAUCGAUGAUUGCAUUAAAUGAUAACAAAAUUAAAGGCAUAAAAACAGGAAUUUUCAAUAAUUUAAAUGUAUCAACAAUACUAUUACACAGAAACAAAAUCCAGUUCAUUGAAAGUGAAGCUUUUGAUAAUAUGACUAGAUUGAUUAAGCUACAACUUAACAGCAAUUUUAUAUCAUAUUGGGAUAAUAAUUGGUUCAAAAACACUCCACAAUUAUCAGAGCUAUAUUUCAGAAGAAAUGCUAUAAGAACCAUACCCAGUAGAGCUUUCAAAAAUGUCCCUGCAAGGAAUAGAAAACUUAAAAUAUAUUUAAGCAAGAACUACAUAUCGUCUUUGGAACAAGAUGCUUUUUACGGUUUGAAAGAGUGCGGCCAAAUCUGGUUGGAUCGUAAUGAAAUUGUAGAUUUAAAUGAACGUCUUCUUGCAGAUAUGGAGUACUUAGAAGUGUUGAUAUUAGCAAAAAAUUUCUUAUCAAGUGUACCUAAUAAAUUAUGUAACCAUUUGAAAUCCGACUUAAUAUCAUUGGAUUUAACGAAUAAUAACAAUUUGACUUGUUUGGAUUAUGAAUUAGUACAAAAGGUCAAACUAACAAAUGUGCAAAAAAUUCGUGGUUUAGAUUGCGGAUGUAUUAAAAAUUUGAAGAAUAAAUUUGUUAAUAAUUCACAGAAUAAUGAAAUAAAUAGUGACUGUUAACUAUAUUGCAAAUUUAAUUUAAUAUUUCAAUUUACUCUAGAAUUAGCACAUAAAAUUCAAUGCCACCAGAUCUACAAAUAUGGUAGACUUGCAGAUACUUGAAGAUACUAGGAGGGGCCCAAAAAAGACGGAAUAAAAGAGCGCGGACGUUCCUAGGCGUAGUAGUUAAUAACAAAGUGUAUUAUUGCAUAUCCAUAAAAUCCGAACCAAUAGAAAAAUUCCUCCCUAAUGGCAUCACG